AUGGCAAACCUUGCUGAUUCUUUUCUAGCGGAUCUGGAUGAACUGUCAGACAAUGAAGGCUAUCCUGAAGAAGACAAUGCUGAGGAAGCGGGUAGAGAAGAAGAUGAUGAUGACAUGCCUGACCUUGAGUCUCUUAAUUAUGAUGAACUUGAUAGUGUCUCAAAGUUGCAAAAGACACAACGCUAUAAUGAUAUAAUGCAAAAAGUUGAAGAUGCACUUCAGAAAGGCACUGACUUCUCUAAUCAAGGUUUCAUCCUGGAGGAGGAUCCAGAGUACCAGCUUAUUGUUGACUGCAAUGCUUUAUCAGUAGAUAUUGAGAAUGAAAUAAUCAUAAUCCAUAAUUUCAUACGGGACAAUUACUUGGUGCAAAGAGGAAAAAUCUUGCUGGAUUUUCUACCCGCCACUUCUCAGUUUCGUGUUGGCUAUCUUGAACAAACUGAAGUAUUUCAGAGCACCCCUCCAGCUUUAAGGACUCGUGCCUGUAGACUUAUUGCUGCAAAAUCAACUCUGGCGGCAAGGAUUGAUUCAAUUAGAGGUGAUCCAACUGGAAAAGCUGGACGGAACCUGCUAGAAGAAAUUCGUAAGAAGAUCGAGAAGUGGCAAGAACCGCCUCCUGCCAAGCUUCCAAAGCCACUUCCAGUUCCGGACUCUGAGCCUAAAAAGAAGAGAGGGGGUCGUCGUCUUCGAAAAAUGAAAGAAAGAUAUGCGCAGACUGAUAUGAUGAAGCUUGCAAAUCGAAUGCAGUUUGGAAUUCCAGAGGAGAGCUCACUAGGUGAUGGCUUGGGGGAAGGUUAUGGCAUGCUUGGACAGGCAGGGAGUGGCAAGCUACGUGUCUCAGCUGGACAAAACAAACUUGCUGCUAAAGUGGCCAAAAAAUUCAAGGAGAAGAGCUAUGGUAGCAGUGGUGCAACUUCAGGAUUAACAUCCAGUUUGGCAUUUACACCAGUUCAGGGAAUAGAGCUGUCAAAUCCACAGGCCCAAGGAAACCUUCUUGGAGGCGGAACUCAAAGUACUUACUUUUCUGAGACCGGCACAUUUUCAAAGAUCAGGAGGACGCAAUAG